AUACUCCCCCGCUCCAAAUAAACUGAACCGAGGCGGUAUUGGGCCCUCACCGCUGCAGAUGACAUUGGGGGGAAGGGGAUUUUGCCUCGCUAAAAUACCCAGAGCAAAUUGAUUUCGCGCCAUAACCUUCAAGUAUUUGGCGCGAGAACCCUUCGUCAGAGCCAAGGUAUAGCAAUCAACAAGGCUCCUUCCCCGCCGUCUUUACCCUUCCCUCUGUCAGAUCCAACCGAGUCCGCUCCAUCGUUGUUCCGGUCACCAGGCUCCUCCCUCAUCCGUGUAGCUCCCGUGCACGAAGGUGAAGUAGAAGGGGUCGUCGGAGUCUUCUCCUUCUGCUGUGCAUGCGUGUGAAGUCGUCGGCGUCAUCCCAAUCCAUCCGUCCCUGUGUCAUCCUUGGCAGCCUUCUCCCCUUUGGCGGUGCUUCGCGUUGCCGAUUGCAAUAGACUCCCCUCUCAGUGGUUCUCUGACGAGCGGGUAUAUCGGAGCUCUGGAAUAAUUUACUUGGGGUGUAUUCCUGUACCUGCAGCUGUGACAGCUAUUGAAGACAUUUCCAAAUACCAUAAAGUAUCUCAAAAGGAAAUUGGAAGAGAUGGACCUCUUUCUUUGUGCCUCUAGCAUCUUGUUUUGCAAUGCAAUGAUCGAGGCCUCCCCGUUCUCUUCACUAGAGCACGCAAUUUCAUUCGCAAGAAACUUGUGGUUCAACACGUUGCCCAUUCAGUCAUGGCUGGACACAUUCUCAGCACACAGGCACUUAUCAGAUGCUAUUACUUUUGCGCGUGGGGAUAUUAGGAUGGGAUUGCUUCAAUACCUAUCAGAGUACCGCAAGAAAUUCGGCUUCGGGUUCGUGACUAGCACGAACCUGCGCCUUUCGCAACAAAUACUGGAGGAGGUGCAGGCACGAUAUCAGAAUAGUCUGCAAGUUGAACUUGAAACGGCGUCUCGGGAGGAAUUCACUCUUAUAGAAAGACGUCUUACGAAACUAUGGGAACGUUUGUCUCGGGAAAAGAUUCUAGAAGUUUCGGAAGAGACUGGCGAGGUAGUUCAAGAUUCAAUGCUCGAAGAUGACGUUGCGCCAGAUAGUUCUGAUGAGGUUGUCUCUAAAGGACACCAACCUUCCAUCGUAACCUUUGACCUCAAUAAAACUCCAGAGGAGAAUGAUAUUUGCUGACUGCUCUCUUUAUUAUUAGUCUGCCUUAUCUCACAAAAUAUUAGGACUGAACUGAACAAAGUGACUAUUUGUGAUUAUUCAUUUGCCUAUUGAAUUCGAUGAAAUGAUAAUGAAUUUGGAAUAGAUUAAUCUCAAAUUACUAUAUAUCUAACAUUAGAUUUAUUUAAGUUUUG